GCACGCACGGACGAGCACACCCACCAUCGUGGGAUCAAUGGUUCUUCGAAGCUCCCUCUUCCUUCCGGGGAUCCAGCACUGUGGGAGCGGCAAAGAAGGCUGAUUCUAUUGCCAUUGCCUUGAUUCGAGGUUUCCAAACGCCUCCGUUUGUACCUCCUCUCCGUUCCGUCCUACUUUAAUACCCGGUUGCUCACGAUUUUAGCGCGAUCUCUGCCUGGCAGACCAACUGCUCGACGAAAUUCCCAGGUGGGUUUUCGGGUCUUGUCGGCGCAGAAAGCUCCAAUCUUGAAGUUAUAGACUAUUUGGGCGAUCUCGUUUUGGUCUAGUCGAUUUGUUUCAGUUCAUUUUCUCGCCUGCGAAAGCCAUGCCCGGUCUGUUGCCCCCACCAUGUGAGCUCUCAAGCGGGCAUUCACUCAAGUUGAAUUCUUUAAGUUGUAGCUUGAGAAUUUUCGCGGCAAACCAUGGUACUAGAGUUCACAGCAAAAGAAUACCCAAGAAUCUUCGUUUCCCUCGGCGAGACAAGCUCCCUCCUGCAUUUGGAACUGAUCUGUUCUUGAAGAAGACGAACACUGAUACUGAACAGACCCAAGUCGAUCCGUUUGAUGAAGAAGGACUUGAUUUAGAGAUUGAAGAAGAAGAAGAAGUAGGAGGAGAUAAUGACGUUGUGUGGGAUCAAGAUGAGAUUCAAGCGAUAUCAUCGCUUUUUAAAGGAAGGAUUCCUCAGAAACCUGGGAAGUUAGGCAGAGAAAGAGCUCUUCCCCUCCCACUUCCUUAUAAACUCAGACCUUUGGGACUCCCCACGCCGAAAAAACACGUCAAACUCGGUUUGGCCAUCGGCGUUUCUCCUAGGGCUUCUGUCUCCGAGCGAGUGUACCGGGACCCACGGUUCCUCAUCGGUCUGGCAAGGGAGAUUGGGAAGCUUCCUCCUGAAGAGAAUGCAUCCAAAGUUCUCAACAAGUGGUCGCGUUUUCUUCGGAAAGGAUCGCUGUCUUUGACCAUCAGGGAAUUAGGUCACAUGUGUCUACCUGACAAGGCUCUACAAACUUUCAGUUGGGCUCAGAAACAGCCUAAUCUAUUUCCUGAUGAUCAGAUAUUGGCUUCGACCGUUGAAGUACUAGCCAGGAAUCAUGGGUUGAAGGUGCCAAUCAACUUGGAAAAGUUCGCUUGUUUGGCAAGUCGUGGUGUAAUAGAGGCAAUGGUGAAGGGGUUCAUCAAAGGAGGAAGCUUGAAUCUUGCUUGGAACCUUGUCCGGGUUGCCAAGGAUCAUAACAGAUUGCUGGAUUCCAGCAUCUAUGCAAAGCUAAUACUGGAGCUUGGAAAGAAGCCGGACAGGGACACGCUUGUUUUAGCAUUAUUGGAAGAGCUUGGUGAAAGAGAAGAUUUGAACUUGAGCCAGCAGGACUGUACAGCUAUCAUGAAGAUCUGCAUUAGACUUAGAAAAUUUGAACUUGUUGGAAGUCUUUUUAGUUGGUUUAAACAGUCUGGCCGCGAACUGAGUGUGGUCUUGUACACUACCUUGAUUCAUAGCUGUUAUGUAGAGAACAAAUACAGGGAGGCAUUGCCUGUAGUUUGGGAAAUGGAGGCUUCAAACUGCCUGCUUGAUCUUCCAGCAUACCGCGUGGUAAUAAAGCUUUUUGCAGCACUGAAUGACCUCCCUAGGGCUGUCAGGUACUUCUCGAAACUCAAGGAGGCGGGAUUCUCUCCAACAUAUGAUAUAUACCGUGCCAUCAUAGGAAUUUAUUUGAUUUUGGGGAGGCUGGCUAAGGUUAGGGCAGUUUGCAAGGAGGCAGAGAUGGCAGGUUUCAAGUUGGAUAAACAAAUUUUGUCCCAACUACUGCUAGUAGAAAGUGAGAGAAGAUAGUUUUCCAUAGAGUUGUAAUGUUUGUAAUGUGAAUAGUGAUGAAGCAGCAAUCUUGCCAUGGUGAAUUGCACGGUGAUGUUCCACACUUCAGCAGAUAUUCUCUAUUUAUGUAUGUGAAUUUGAUUAUAAUGUUAUGCAGAUUCAAGUUUUUCUCU